AUGGCCGCCAUAACCACCGCCGUCGACACCGCCGGCCCAACCGGCUCCGAGGAAGUCCAUGUCGCCCCCUCCCUUCCACUCACCACUAAGCUCAAGUACGGCGCCGCAGCAUACGCCAUCACCAAGCUCAUCAUGAAUCCCGUCAACUUCAUCAACGGCAUUAAGACCGACUACUUCGGCUCUUCCCCAAACAAGCCAGAUGUCAUCAAGGCGUUCCCUUCUAGGCCGCAGUUGCCUGUUCGCGUUUUCCUCCCCAAGUCUCACUCGCCCUCAAACCCUGAGCACUCCAAGGAGAAACUCCCAACCCUCCUCACCAUCCAUGGCGGUGGCUUCGUCGUCGGCUCACCCUACGACAACGACGGCUGGAACCGCCGCUUCGUCCAACGCGCCGAAGAAGCCGGUACCCCCUUCUGCGUGAUUUCCCUCGACUACCGCAAAGCCCCCUCUUAUCCCUUUCCCACAGCGAUCCACGAUCUCAAGGCCGUCAUCUUGGACCUUCUCAGCGUCUCUUCUACCGCAGACCAUGCACAGAAACACAACGACCUGCCAGUCGACACCAACCGCGUCGCCAUCUCCGGCUGGUCCGCCGGCGGAAACCUAGCAAUGGUCGUCUCCCAACUCCCCGACAUCAAGCCGCUGAUCAAGGCGGUAGUACCCUUCUACCCCGUCCUCGACUUCGUCACCCCCUCUGCGCUCAAGUGCAAAUCCCGUCGGUACAAGCCGGCACUAGGUGGCUUCAGAGCAAAGGACACAGACUUUCUGAUGAGCAUGGCAGGCAUGUUCAACUGCCCGCUUUACGCGCUCGAGGACUACGAGGACGAAAACCCGUGGGUUAAAGGACGGGACAAUUUCCCGCCAAGCGUGUUUAUUGUGGCUUGCGAGCUGGACAUGUUGGGCGGCGAAGGGUGGCGGAUGGCGUGUAAACUGGCGGGGAAGAAGGUGCCGGGGGUGGAGGAGGUGUUGGGACGGGAGGAACCUCAUGAUUUUAGGAGAAAUGGGUUGUUGGAGUUUGAGGAUGAAAAGUUCCAUUGGAACGAAAGCUGGAGGUAUAGGUGGCUGUUGGUGCCAGAUGUUGUGCAUGGAUAUGAUCAGGAUAAUAUCGGAACGAUUAUGAGGGAUGAGGAGGCGGUUAGGGACGGGCUGGAGAAGAGGGAGAAGGUCAUGGAGGAGGUUAGGCAGUGGUUGUUGGAUGGGGCUUUGUGA